AUGGCCAUUGUGAAGCAGAAGAAACCCCUCACCCCCAGUCCACAGCAGGAUAACAGUAAGCACAGCAGAGGCAAGAUGGAAAUGCCUGGACAAGUUGUUCCUGGGACCAUUUUGAUCAAAAUACGGAGCAUCAAAACCUUCAACGGCAGUUCCCAGCAGGACUUAUCCCAAUUCACCAACUGCCUGGGCCUGGAGCUAGGCAAGGUGGUGACCAAGAAAUUCAGCAACUAGGAGACCUGCAUGAAAAUGGGUGAGAGUGUGCGCAGAAAGGGUAUGUACACAGUUCAGAGCGGUUGUGGGAGAUCAGUGAUGGUUUAACGGAGUGUCUGUCUGAUCAUGAUUAAUGCCUGCAAGAUCACUUCAGCCAGCCAGGUUACCGUAGUCAUCCUGUGCUUCCAGGAAGACAAGAGCAGGGAGCCCAUCUCUGCGGAGCUUGUUGCAAAUAUGCUGUCUAUAGCAGGUGCAGAUUACAUCAUCACCACGGACCUACAUGCUUCUCAGAUCCAGACCUUUUUUGAUAUUCCAGUAGACAUUUUAUAUGCAGAGCCGGCUGUCCUGAUAUGAAUACGAGAGACUGUUUCUGAAUUGAGAAACUGCACCAGUGUCUCACCAGAUGCUGGUGGAGCCAAGAGAGUCACUUCCAUUGCAGAUCAUUUGAAUGUGGAUUUUGCCUUGAUUCACAGGCAAUGGAUAAAGGUCAAUGACCUGGACCACAUGGUGUUAGUGGAUGAUGUGAAGGAUCAAGUGGCUAUCCUUGUGAAUGACAUGACUGAUAAACGUAGUACAAUCUCCCAUGCAAGUGACAAACUUUUCUCAGUCGGAGCCACAAGAGUGUCCUUUUUGGCUCAUGAAAUCUUUUCUGGCCCAGUCAUUGCUCAAUGUGCAUGCCUUGAAGCAAUUGUAGUCACUAAUACCCUGCCUCAGAAGGUCAAGAUGAAGCAUUGCUCCAAAAUCCUGGUGAGCUCUAAGAUUCUUUCAGAAGUCAUCUGGAGAACUCACAAUAGGGAAUCUGUUUCCGAUCUGUUCAGCCAUGUUCCUUUGUAA